UGCAUGGAAAAUGAGAAAGAAAAGGAAAGAGAGGGGAUAAAGUGGUAGGAGGGAGCCUGAUCGCUUUUACUUUUUCUCCUUUGUAAUCCAAUUUUUGUUGCUUUUGUGUCUGCUUUUACUGUCGUCUCCUUCAUCAAACCACCAAAUCCUUCUCUGCGACUCGCUUGUGCUCUCCUGCUUCUGUCAUUGCAACGGCACGGCUUGCUCCAUUGGCGAGGAGGCGACUGGUGGGUGCUGUAGCGACAGUACUGGGUCAGCUUUGGCCAACGCCGCAAGAAGGAAGCAGCCGAGAAGCCUCGGUUCAUUGAGUGUAGGGGCGGGGACGGGGACGCGAGGCUCCUAUGACGGCCGAGAUCGAGAGGGAAGUGCUCCACCACCACCAGUUGCUGCAGCCACAGCGCCGCCUGCCGUCCUCCACCUGCGACCUUCACCCGGGUGAGACUGUCACCGGCUUCUGCGCUUCCUGUCUGCGCGAGCGCCUCUCCGGCCUGGAGGCCCCUGCCGCCUCCUCGGGCCGCAAGUCCACCUCCGCUCUCCGAUCCGUCUUCCAGAAGGUCUCCUCCAGCGCCGCGCCAGCCGCCGGGCCCUCCUUCCUUCGCCGCUCCAAGUUUUUCUCCUUCGCUCGUGGGGGAGGAGGUGAAGGGUUAUCGAUCCAGCGGCCGCCUGCGGUGGCCUUUGAGCCGCAGCGGAGGUCCUGCGACGUUCGUGGCCGUAGCACAUUGUGGUCGUUGUUUAACCAGGACGACCACCAACGGGUAGCCGAGAACACUUCUGUUGCUCCCUCCUCCGUUUCACACCCGGUCUCCGUCGUUGCUGUCGCCAGUGGUGUGAUAGCUAGUGAGGUCGAGUGCCGAAACCUAGGGAUUCCUGGUCCCUGCGUUGCCCCUCCUUUCUCUGAAACACGAGAAGAGGAAAAUGAGAAUGAUGAUGAGAUCACGCCAGUCGAUCCCGUGGUCCUGGUGGUCGAAAGCUCGGGGGAGAUAAAUGAGGAAAGAAAAGAGGAGGCGGAAAUAGAAGAGAGAACGACUGAGGUGAAGCCAAUGAAGGACCAUAUAGAUCUCGACUCCCAGCAGCAGCAGCAUCAGGCGAAGAAACUGCCGGCCAAGGAUUUCAAGGAGAUCGCGAGCAGCUUCUGGCUCGCUGCCUCCGUGUUCAGCAAAAAGCUCCAGAAGUGGCGCAGAAAGCAGAAGCUGAAGAAGCAAGGCGGCGAUGGCACAAUGCGGGCGGAGAAGGCGCCCACUGCGUCCCGGAGGUUCCGGGACACGCAGUCGGAGGUCGCUGUGGAUGCCUCCGGCAGGAGAUCAUGCGACACUGACCCUCGAUUCUCGCUGGAUGCCGGCCGCAUGUCCUUCGAGGACCCGAGGUUCUCCUGGGACGAGCCGAGGGCAUCCUGGGACGGUUACCUCAUCGGAGGGCGAUCAGUGUUCCCUCGUCUCCCUCCCAUUCUCUCAGUCGUCGAGGACGCCCCCACUCAAGCUGUGCCGCGAUCGGACUAUCUGAUCCCCGUCGAGGAGGACACAACCGUUCCCGGUGGUUCGUUGCAGACUCGGGACUACUACUUGGAUUCGUCCAGCCGGCGACGGCAUAGCCUGGACCGAUCAGCCUCUAUCCGGGAGCAGCCUGUCGAGCCUACUGAGUCCAAACCUGUCCCUAAUGGGAAGUUAUCCCCUGCUGGUGGCAUGGAUUUCUUCCAGUGUAACCCCACUACGUUGCUUGACCGGGAUGUCAAAGAUUGGAGCUCAAAUUCUCUCAGGGAUGACUACCUGGGAAGCUUCGAAUCAGCCUUCAAGGAUCAAAGAGGUGCUUCUGCCAAGAAAUCUCGGAGGUGGAGCAAAGCAUGGAACAUUUGGGGGCUCAUUCAGCGAAGAAGCAGUAGCAGAGGAGAAGCCAAUAUAGUCGAGAGAUCUUUGUCGGAGUCCUGGCCAGAGUUGAGGUCCAGUAGCUUCAAUAAUAGGAUGCUGCGUAGUAACAGCAGCAUAAGCUCUAGGCAUUCUUUCAGUGGCAAUGCUGGAUAUGGGGGCACGAAGAAGAACAGCUCAAAAUUUGGCAGCCAUUAUUAUAAGAAUAGAAGAGAUGACUUUGUUUUGGAAAGGAACAGAAGUGCUAGGUACUCCCCCAACCGUCUCGACAAUGGUAUGCUCAGGUUUUACUUGCCACCAAUGCGAAAUAGCCGGAGGAAUGGAGUUUCUACUAACGGGGGGAGGCAAAUACCUUCCCACUACAUGACAAGGAGCAUGCUUGGACUGCAUUGAGCCUACUGUUGGCCUGUGUAAGAUGAUCCUGCAUCGAGGAGAAUUUGCUGUCAUCUUUAUGUACUCUAAUGAAGAAGCAUAGCAAAAUAUCAUAGUAAUUUGAUGCUCAAAGCCUGCAACUGAUGCACAUGUGGGGACUGGGAGUGACAGAAGGCUGAGACACAGGUAUGAUGAACUGGGUAAUUGAAAGGCACUCUCCACUGGUAGAAUUAUAAUGCUACCUUUAAUUCCAGAUUAUUGGGUAGUUCAUCUUCUUCUUUUUUUUUUGUUUUUUUUUUUGACAGUUGUAUGAAUGCAGAAGUGGAAUGAGUGAACUGUUCUUUUCCAAUCUGGCUGUCCUAGUCAGUUGUAUUGCUUGUAACAUCACCUGAGCUAGUGAUACAAGGGAUCGCCUUAUCGGUUUAUGCUA